AUGUGGUGGGAAGGCGAGGACAUGAAAUUUAACAAGCUGCAACGAGAGGUGUUUAAGAAAUUACACGAGACCAAGGCAUACAGCGACUUGACGCUGGAAGCAUCAGAAAACCUCAUCGAGGUGACGGAGUUUGAUGCCGCUGCUUUGAAUCGCAUGCUCGAUUUCAUGUAUCUGGGGGAGUACGAAGCCGAAGAUACGGCGCAUAUCGACAUCAAGACUGCCGUGGAAUAUCAGAAUGACAUUCUGAGUCCGGAAUACAUCGAACACAAUUCCGAUAAUGACGAUGACGACAACAACCACAACCACAACCACAACCACAACCACAACAACGACCAUCAUUAUAAAAGCAGUAAAGCAGAACCCGAUUUCAGCGAAUGGACAGUCGACACCGAGUACAAAGCCGAUGCCCUACUCGCCAUGCUCGAGCCACACAUUGGCGUCAACGCUAUUGCCGAUUAUUACGAUAUACCACCGCUAAAAGACCGAGCACAAGCCAUGAUCUUCUUUAUUCUGCGCACAUCGUGGUCUGCAAGGGGGUUUUUGGGCGCAGUGGGAGAGGUUUACAAGACCACCGCUGACAAGCGUUUGCAUAAUAUCAUGGCCACGAUGGCGAUGGAUCACUUGCACGAGCUGAUCGGGAUCAAGGAAUUUGCAGAUAUGGAUAUUCCGAGUGCAUUUGCAAUUGACGUGAUACGGCGCACUGGCAAGAGACUCAGGGAGACAGAGGAUAGUUUUCAUUUCGCAAAGGCCCGGGACCUGAGAGAGAUUAACGAGAGUUUGAAGUCCGCCGUUCUCAAGAUCGAUGCGACUGCUAAAUGUCGCCACUGUUCGGCUAAGUUCAGUGGUGUGGUCCGUGAGAGACACCAUCCAGGCCAACAUUCGACAUAUCUUGUCCGGUGUCGACGAUGUGGCACUAAGCAUUAG